AUGCAGAACGGAGAGACCAUGAGCCCACAGAUGCAGGACUCCAGGAACUCGGCGGGAGAGGAGGGGGGUGGGGCAGCACCCUCAGCCCCACCGCUGCCACCUCAACCCCCGCCGCAUGGCUCGCCACCCCCCCCUGCCCGGCCCAGGCUAGUGUUCCACACCCAGCUGGCUCACGGAAGCCCCACAGGCCGCAUCCACAGCUUCACCAACGUCAAGGAACUCUACGGCAAGAUCGCGGAGGUCUUCAGCAUUUCUCCCUCCGAGAUCCUCUUCUGCACUCUGAACUCCCACAAAGUGGACAUGCAGAAGCUCCUGGGGGGGCAGAUUGGCUUGGAGGACUUCAUAUUUGCACACGUGAGAGGGGAGACCAAGGAGGUCGAGGUCACUAAGACGGAAGACGCCCUCGGCCUGACCAUCACCGAUAAUGGCGCUGGAUACGCUUUCAUUAAACGAAUAAAAGAAGGCAGCACCAUCGACCGGCUAAAGACAGUGUGUGUGGGUGACCAUAUUGAGGCCAUCAAUGAUCAAAGCAUAGUUGGAUGUCGCCAUUAUGAAGUUGCCAAGAUGCUGAAGGAGCAGGCGAGAGGAGAACCCUUCACUCUCCGCCUAGUUGAACCCAAAAAAGCCUUUGACAUGAUCGGCCAACGGACGCGGGCCCCCAAGGCCAGCGAGGGCAAGAUGGUCAGCGGGAAAGAGACGCUGCGUCUGCGCUCCAAAGGAACGGCGACCGUCCAGGAAGUGCCCAGCGAGUUCGAGGAGAAGGCCACGAAGAAGGUUGACGAUCUCCUGGAGAGCUACAUGGGCAUACGAGACCCAGAACUCGCGACCACCAUAGUGGAGGCAGGGAAAGACAAGACCAACCCUGAUGACUUCGCUGAGGCUCUGGACUCAGUGCUGGGGGACUUUGCCUUCCCUGAUGUCUUUCUCUUUGAUGUAUGGGGAGCCUUUGGGGAUGUUAAAAAUGGCAGAGUUUAGGAGCAGAAGAGUGUUAUUUGCUUGGUCUUUUUUUUUUUUUUUUGCUUCAUCUCAUUUCGUUCACCUCAUCUCACAGGACCUUUAGACUGAUUUUUCCUUCAGAUGCGACUGUGCGUUAUCGACUAUCUCUCUCAGUGUUAACGUGUAAAGACACCAGUGCAGAGCCCAAGUUUCGAACCGAAAGAGUUCUCCUAGCUCUCUCUGGUGAAUUUGGGUUGCAUUGUACUGUAACAGAAAUCAAAGAGUUAGAGAAGUCACUUUCAUUUUACGCAGUGCUUUUUUUUUUUCUUUGUUAUUGUAAUAUGAGUUAGUGUGACUUAUGAAGACCAGACUCCUG